CAUGUAAUUUGGAAUGUGCGUUGCCAACUCUUGAGUUACCAAUCUUUAUGUUGGUAUUGCCUGUGGACAUCGUAGCAGUCGCAUGUUGGCUUUCAUUGAUCGUGUUUGCUAGUCUGUUGUGCCUACAUCAUAUUUUUAUGUGUUUACCAUGUGCGGUGGAUUUACGUGUUCGAAAAAUGCCCUCACAGCGUUAAACAUUCUCUAUAUUCUGGUGGCAUUUAUCCUGAUUGGAGUUGCAGUGUAUGGAAGAGCUUCAGCUGUUGUGACAAACCUUCCCAUUGUUGGUGGGAUUCUUGCAUGUGGAGUGUUUCUGAUCCUAAUCUCCAUUCUUGGUCUGAUUGGAGCCAUCAAACACCAUCAAGUUCUGCUCUUCUUUUACAUGCUGAUCUUGUUCCUGCUGUUCCUGGUGCAGUUCAGCAUUGCCUGUGCAUGUCUGGCUUUCAACGCAGAGCAGCAACACCAGUUGGCCGAGCAGGGAUGGAACACAGUGGCUUCAGAUAUCAAGCAUAAGGUGCAGAAAAUGUUUGACUGCUGUGAAAUUGAUCAUAAUCUCAAUGACAUCAGCAUUCCAUCAUCCACACCAGUACCACAAGAUAAAUGUGAGACUUCAUGUUGUAAUGGUGGAUGCCCCUGUCAAUCUUGCAUGAAGAAGCUACAAAGCACAAUCAACUAUGCCUUCAACUUGUGUGGUGGCAUUGGCUUAUUCUUCAGCUUCACUGAGAGGUUCUUGCUGCCUCCACCAUCAGGGUGAUUAGUUUUACCAGACUACAUGGUCCUAGAAGCCAGAAGACAGACAUCUUCGUAUUUGUUACCAAGAGAACCUCGAAUCCUACUCCCGCCCUGAUGUGGAAAGGGGCCUGCAUGAUCAGCUAUAAUUUUACCAUAUCAGAAAAUAAUACAGCUGUAGCAUUUCAGAUCGAUUAAAAGCCUUCAUUCUCCCAAUUGUAAGCUACCAGUACGUAGUUAUAUCAUAUUGCAUCACGUGCCAUAACCGACAAACCUCCAUACAAGUAACGCACACAUACUCGCACAAAAAACAUAUAUGGAAAAUACGUCUUCCCCUCUCUACUUUGCAAGGCACCUACCGCAUCAUAUUAUUUCAGACAAGAUUUUCACAUCACAAUAAGUGAAAUGUGCUGGACUGCCUAAACGAAAUUCGUUCGUGUGUUGAUGGCCUGCAGUCCAACAAGAAAGAGAGGGAGGUGAAGCAAAGCUAAAGAAACUCCAGUCGUUGUGAUUAUGUGAUAAAUCCCUGGCUUUCAAGAUGCCGGAUGAAGGACAGGAUUGUUUGUUUUUGAUCACCUCAUGUGAAAAAGGAAGGGGCUGGGGUUACAAACCAGGAGAGACAGUUGCCAGCAAAGUAGAAGUACACAGUGUUGCCAAGAAGUGAAUAUUGUUCUACAAACAGACACCAAGGGCAGCGCCCCCUUGGCAGUUCUUCCUUGACACAUUUGAGAGAAUGGCUCAACUUGUGUAAAUUACUACAUUUUCAAAUUCAAAAAUUGCCCACAAUUUGGAUUGUUUUAGUCAUUCUUCUGGUGUACGGUGCAUUCAUUGUUUGUUCAUGCAGUUUAAUGAUUAGUGCAUUCACGAAGAGAGUGACUCGGAUUCGUAGAAAAUAACAGUCUUUGGAUUGUAAAGGCAGCUACGUGAUAUUUAUAGAGCUGUAAUUUAUGUUUCUUCUUAUUCAGUCUUAGAGAGUUUCUCUUUUCUGACUGAUAUGACACAUAAUAUAAGUCAUGAAAUAGACUGAAGCCUCAAAACUUCUAUAGUCUGCAACUUUUUAAUAGAAGUCAUUUGUUGUCUAGUAUCAUUGGAUGUACAGAGUUUUUUUCUGGCUAGGCAUUUAAAUUUGAGUGCAAGAUGUAAGAAAAACAUAAAUAUGUUAGUAAGUUACAGUGUAUAAACUAUAGGGUGUGAGGUCUGAAUUUUUACACAAAUAUUAAUUAAUUUGCAUUAAAAACAUUCUUUUUUUUAUUUCAUCACUGAGGGGCCUCUGCGAUUUAAUUUGAAAUUCUUGUGUGCUAUGUCCUGCAGCACACCUUAUCCAUGUUUUGCAAUUGUUUAUUUUCUCUGUGAAGUAAUCAAACAAGUUGUGGGAUGAAAAUAAUUUGUCUGUGUGUAACUUAUGUCCAAAUCCUUCCACUCUUCUAGUGAGGCCUUUUGUUGGAGCACGAGGAGUAAUCAUGCUUGUGCUGUCAAUCUCUCCCCAAGUACAUGUUCAUGUCAUACGUACACUCGGUACAGCCACAUAAUUUGAAAAUUGUUAUGACAUUAAAUAUAUUGUUAGGAACUAUUCACUGUUUUAAAAUAACAUAAAUUCUGUUUACUGCAAGUUGUAAAGUGUUUAGGUAUUGAUGAUAACACCAGUUUGUCUCCACUGCAAGCAGUUUGAUGGCUUCUGCAGAUAACAAUAUGAACGCAGCCAGUGGACUUGGGGUGGUGGUUAUGUGUGGUUCUCACAAAUUUUAAUUUUACGAGGACCUCCAGUAUAGUAUUUGUGGACAGUGUUGCUAAGUUUAGUCCCAGAUGGCAGACCCCACUGUGAGCCAGGGGAUUCUUGUUGCUAUUCUUCUUGUUCGUGCUGUGCUGGUGACUUAAAGUUGUGGUUCCACUUCUGUUUCUUAGCCUUUAUCCUCUGAUACGUGUCACUGUUAUUUUCCAGAAAUAUUUGAGUUUCUUCAGAAUAGAGUUUCUUGGUUAAAGCAAUUAAAAAUAAUUGACCAUACAGUAAGGAAGAUUUUGUUUCAUAUCAUUUGUUUGCCAUGGAUGAAAUAUGGCCUGUAUUGUGUAAACCUCUUGGAUGUGAAAUAUAAGCUGUGAGUGUCAU